AUGCCUGCAACUUCCAGAACCAAGACUGCUCUAGCUGAAGAGACUCAAACCACGCCUAUCGGACAGGCCCCAAACCGUGUCGAUAUUUGGUCUCGCAGCCAGAAGCCCCGGUCGAAUGCUAUGACUGGUCCCCGUUUUGAACAGACCGACUUUGAUCUCCAGCCUCAACCUCUGUCGGCUAUGGAAAUGAUACACAAGGAGCCCGUGCGGUGGACACAUGAUCGCAUCGUAGCCUGUGAUGGCGGCGGCGGCCCUGCCGGCCACCCUAGAAUUUUCAUCAACACCGACAAACCUGAAAUCGCGACCUGCAACUACUGCGGUGUUCCCUAUGCAAAUGAGCACCAUCGAAAGCACCUAGAGUCCCUCCCCAAGACGUCGUAUCCUUUGUCAUGA